UGCACAAUGACUGUAUCCUCUGCUCAAAUUCACUGUAGAAUGACCAGCAGGCUUGGACAAAUCAUUUUCUGGAAUUCCAAACCUCAGCAAAGUUCAAAAAAAGUUUAAAGCCCAACGAUCGAAGUUAUAAAAAAGUUUUAUGCCCAACGUUCGAAGUUUGGAGAUUAAACUCGGGCAGGUAAACAUAAACGGUUAUUCACGAACCGAAAUGGUUCAGUCUAUGCCCUUCGUUUCUUCCCUCUACACACUCCCCUCCUCGAAACCCAACCGAACCAAUCGAUCAGGAAAUUCUCAUAAUCCCAUUUCAGAAACCCUCACAGCCGAUCUUUUCUACAACUUCAACUCUCUAUUUGAGCUCAAACAAGUGCAUGCCCACGUCAUCAAAACCAACACUCCUCAUUCAGUCCUCCCACUUCCCCGAGUUGGCUACGUUUGUGCUUUCACGCAUUGUUUUCCCUACGCUCAACAAAUCUUCGAAUGUGCUGAUACGCCCGAGAUUGUAGUGUGGAACUCCUGUUUGAGAGCUUUUGCCGAAAGUGAUUCUCCAAAUGACGCAAUUGUGCUAUUUUAUCAGCUGCGUAACCAUAAUGUUUGUCCCGACAUUUUUUCUUGUUCUUUUACUAUUAAAGCUUGCACAAAGUUGUUGGAUCUUUUACACGGUAAAAUUGUUCACGGGUUCAUUGAAAAACUUGGGUUUCAAUCAAAUUUGUUUUUGCAAAACACUAUUGUUCAUUUAUAUGCGUCUUGUGGAGCUAUUAAUGAUGCGCGGUUGUUAUUUGAGAAAAUGUCGCAACGGGAUGUUGUGACUUGGAAUAUAAUGAUGGCCCAAUCGGUCAAGAGGGAAGAUGUUGACGGGGCGUAUGCUUUAUUUUCUCAAAUGCCAGUGAGAAAUUUGAGGUCAUGGACGACUAUGAUUGCCGGAUUCGUGCAGUGUGGGAAGCCAAAGGAGGCUAUUAGUCUUUUUACGCAGAUGGAAGAGGCAGGGUUGAGACCUAAUGAGGUAACUGUUGUGGCUGUUCUCGCGGCAUGUGCUGAUUUGGGUGCACUUGAUCUUGGCAGGAGGAUUCAUGAGUACUCUGAGCAAAGUGGGUAUAGUAGAAAUAUUCAUGUAUGUAAUACUCUUAUCGAUAUGUACAUCAAAUGUGGAUGUUUGGAAGCUGCUCAUAAUGUUUUUGAGGAGAUGGAGGACCGAAACAUUGUCUCGUGGUCGGCCAUGAUUCAAGGGCUGGCAAUGCAUGGACAAGCUAACGAUGCUCUGCAACUAUUCUCUAAGAUGAUUCAGAUAGGCAUCAAGCCCAAUGGUGUCACGUUCAUCGGACUCUUGUAUGCUUGUAGCCAUAUGGGGUUGAUAAAUGAGGCUCGUAGGAUUUUUGCCAGUAUGAGUAGAGAUUACGGUAUAACUCCACAGAUUGAACAUUAUGGUUGUAUGGUUGAUAUUUUAAGCCGUGCAGCCCUCCUUCAAGAGGCAUAUGAGUUUAUUAUGAACAUGCCUAUUGACCCGAAUGGAGUAGUGUGGGGAGCUCUCCUUGGUGGAUGUAAGGUCCACAAGAACAUUGAAAUGGCGGAAGAAGUAACUAAACACCUACUUGAAUUGGACCCGUUAAAUGAUGGAUACUACAUAGUUUUGUCGAACAUUUAUGCGGAAGCAAAGCGUUGGGAAGACGUGAGAAGAGUGAGGAAGUUGAUGAGAGAUCAAGGGGUGAAGAAGACACCAGGUUGGAGUUCAAUUACGGUGGAUGGAGUGGUCCAUGAGUUUGUGGCCGGGGAUGAGACCCAUCCUCAAACUGAGGAGAUAUUUCAGAGGUGGCACAAAUUAUUGGAAGAAAUGAGGUUGAAAGGAUAUGUACCUAACACUUCGGUGGUUCUGCUGGACAUAGAAGAGAAUGAGAAAGAAAAAGUUCUGUAUCGCCACAGUGAGAAAUUAGCAUUGGUUUUUGGUCUAAUGAACAUACCUACUGGAAAACCAAUCAGAAUUAUGAAGAAUCUUCGUAUUUGUGAAGACUGUCACACUGCUUUGAAAAUUAUAUCAGAGAUUGUUAACCGACAGAUAAUUGUCCGUGAUCGGAACCGGUUUCAUUGCUUUAAAGAUGGUUCUUGUUCAUGCAGGGAUUAUUGGUAGUGGGUCUUAUCUUCUAACAUAACAUAAUGGAAUUCAUGUUCAUCUUCAUAUGACUCCUUAAGCAUUAAUGCAGAUUGCAAUGGUUCCUACUUCACUGGUUUCUUCAUCAACUGUAUUGAAUAAACUAUACAGCUUCAUUUUCUCAUUCUCAUCUUGAUCAGCAUCAUCAUUCCAGAAGCCAGACAACAG